UCGCCCGUCGUGGGAGUGGUCGCGCCGUAUAAAGCAGUCUGGCGCCCGGGCCGCCGCAGUGCCUGCCUGUACGUCUGCUGCGGAGGAGCCAUGUCGAGGCAGGUGACCUUGAGGGUUUUGGCUGUGUUGACUGCAAUGGCGGCGUGCCAGGGCUACCCUACCGCGAGCAGCCCAUACCAAGUGCCGCCCAGACCACAGCUGCUACUGCCGCGGCCGUAUUCACCGGCGGCUGGGCCAGUGCCGGUGCUCACGGCAGAUGCCAGCACUCUAGCCAAACUGAAGAAGUACACACAGGCAGGACUACCAUUGCCGCCUGGAGGACAGGUCCUGUUGUACCAGCCAGGAGGGCCUGGCACCGCACCAUUCCUCUAUGCUGUGAAGGGCAAUGAGAAGGGGGAAGAGGAGGAAGAGCAGGGAGGAGGUGGAACACUGUCCGGCCUCUACAACUUCUUCGUCAACUGGUGGGAGUCCACGACCCAGAAGCCCAACGAAGAGGGCGACCCGGCCUCCUCUGAAAUGGAACCAUCAAAGGUGUCGGAGGGCCAGGGGUCGAGCACCGAAACUGCAUCAGCUAACCUGGAGAGCUUCGACGAAGACGAGAACACCGAGCCCACGUCCCCGGCUCCCGUCCCGGCGGAUCCCAAACAACCGGAGCAGAAACUGUUCCUGAUCGGCCAGCCGCAGUUCUUCGGCAACUACGACGCGCUCAAGAACCCCGAGAUCGUGAAGGAGCUCGGCAGCAAGAACCCCUUCCCGCACGUCCUGCUGGCGAACGGGCCGCAGCCAUUCGCGUGGCCGAACAAGUACGCGCCCGUCCACCACGGCAGCCCCGGCAAGGCGGCCGCCGAGUUCCAGAAGCUUCUGGCGGGGUCGGCGCUGACGCGGGCCGGCGACGGCGACUCGGUGGUGGUGGACGCGCUGCGGGCUCGGCCGCACGCCGCCUCCUCGGGCUCGGACGGCGAGGACUCGGACUCGGACAGCGAGGACUCGGACUCGGACAGCGAGGGCGUGGGCGCGGCGCAGGCGGAGCCCGCCGUGGCGCAGGUGCGGCCGCAGGCCAUCGCGCUGGCCGGGCCCAGCGGCGUGGCGGCGGCGGCGCCCGUGGGCACGGCCGUGGUGGGCCGCGGUGGGCUGGCCGUGGCGGCUCCCUCAGCCACGGCAGUGGCGGGCCCGUCGGGCGGCGAGCCCCCGCUGGUGGUGCCGGCGUCGCGCGCCAAGCACCCCACCCACCCCGCCUACCACAGGUUCCUGGAGCGCGCCGAUGACGAGGACUACAGCUACUCCGCCUAGCCCCGCCGGCCGGCCUUAUUUAUUCGCACCGCACGCGACAGCGAGUGUGACAUCUGCGGGCAAAUUUGUACCACAUUUGUUAAAUUAAAUUUUUUUUUUCGG